AUGGCAUCGAGCGACAACGACGACCAGGGCUACAGCGAUUUCGACGAGGAGGAGGACCCGAUCGAGCUCGAGUCGGACGACGACAUGGCGGCGCUGCUGGCCGCGAGGAGGCAGAAGUACAAGGUCAUCACCGAGGGUGCCGUGCGCGCGCUCCAGGACGACUGCAUCGCCGGGGUCGCCGACCUCAUCCAGGUCCCGCCGGCGAUCGCGGCCAUCGUCCUGCGCCACUGCCACUGGAGCACCCUCGUGGUCCAGGACAAGUGGUUCUCCGACGAGCAGGGCCUCCGCGCCGCCGUCGGUUUGCUACCGCCGAGCGACGGCGACGCCGUGGCGGAGCCCAAGCGCAAGCGCAAGGAUAAGAAGCUCACCUGCGACCUUUGCUUCGACAAUCACCCUCCAGGCCAGAUGAGGUCGGCGGGGUGCGGCCAUCUCUACUGCCGCGUGUGCUGGCGCUGGUACGUCCGCGCGGCGGUGGAGGACGGCGCCCGGUGCCUGUCGCUGCGGUGCCCGGACCCGUCCUGCUCGGCGGCCGUGCUCCGGGACCUGGUGGACGACGUCGCCGACGAGGAGGACAAGCAGCGGUACGCGGGGUUCGCGCUCCGGUCGUACGUGGAGGAGAGCAAGACCAUGAGGUGGUGCCCCGCUCCCGGGUGCGGCCUCGCCAUGGAGUAUCUCGGCGGGGAAACCCUCAGCGAGCAGCUGGACGUGGUGUGCGACUGCGGCCACGGCUUCUGCAUCGUCUGCGCCGAGGAGUCGCACCGGCCGGUGCCGUGCCGCACGGUGCGCGACUGGGCGGCCAAGAACAGCUCCGAGUCGGAGAGCACCAACUGGGUGAUGGCCAACACCAAGCUGUGCCCCAAGUGCCGGCGCCCCAUCGAGAAGAACACGGGCUGCAACCACAUGACCUGCCGGGACCCCUGCCGCCACGAGUUCUGCUGGAUCUGCCUCGCCGACUACCGCGUUGGCCACACCUGCAACCGCUACGAGGUCGACGAGAUCGACGCCCGGCAGGCCUACGCCAGGGCCUCCCUCGACCGGUACAUGCACUACUACGAGCGCUGGGUGGCGCACGAGCACUCGCGGGUGAGGGCCAGCGAGGACAUGUUCGAGCUGGAGAGCGCCAGGGAGGGCUACCUCGAGGGCGCUGCCGCCGACGAGGCGCAGAGGCAGCUCGGCUUCCUCAUCGACGCCUACCGGCAGAUCCUCGAGGGCCGGCGGAUGCUGAGGUGGACCUACGCGUACGGCUACUUCGCCGACAGGGACAAGCUCAACCUCCUCGAGUGCCUCCAGGGCGAGGCCGAGGACUCGCUGGAGCGCCUCCACAAGAUGGCCGAGGCCGAGCGCACCGCCGACGAAAACUACUACGCUGCCGACGGCGGCGUCUCGUCCUACUUUGACAGGCUCGCCAAGCUCACCAAGCAGACCCACGAUUACUUCGAGAGCAUGGCUGAAGCUUUCCAAACCGAUCUCGACUAG